AUGACAUUAAAUAGGAAUAGAAUAAGAUAUCAGUCAGAAGUAUUAGAAUUGAUUGACUGGAAAACAUCAUUAAAAUUAAAUUGUAUUGAUCAACACUAUACUUUAUUUGAAGAUUAUUUUCUGCAAUCGUUUAGGACUAAAAUUUGUUGUAAUGAAUUACCAACAUGUGAUAAGGUUGAAAAGUUAAAUAUGUGGGAUAUUGGUUAUUUUUAUGAUUUCACUUUUUUGAUGAAAAAUCAAGUUAGUCACCAGUUAGUUGAUCUGUUGAAGUUUUACAAGAUAACAGAUGUAAAAGUAUUACGAAGGAUGUUAAAACAAAUAGUUAGAAAAAUUAUUUUAGAGUUUAAGAUAUUGAUUUGGGAACCAAGGAAUGAAUUGCAGAUUGCGAAAGAAAAGAAGUUUGAUAUUAAUAGUAAAGAUAAAAAAAUGAAGUUGAAUAGUAAAAAACGUGAUGAUACAAAUGUUAAUGUAUUAGGCUUCAGUGAUGAGACUAAAUGGAACAAAUGGAAUAAUUUAGCAUUCUAUGAUCGAGAGGGGCACUGA